GGAUAGAACCAUUUGGGGGACUCCACGGGGGUGGGCGUCAGCUUCUUCUUGACCCUGCGGCUGUGAGAAGCGAUGCGGGCAGGCGGACGGGCUCCGGUGAGCAGAGGCACAGAGAGGAAGGCCCCCUCCCCGGAUGUCUGACACAGAGGACUCUUCCAGGAACAGCCGUGCGCCCCCGCCGCACUGACAUGGUCUCUCCCAUUGGCAAGCUGCCAGGCAGCGGGUAUAAAAGGGAGGAGAGCGGCGAGAGGCAGCAGUGACAGCUCGCAGCUCUCUCGGAGACACAAUACACAAGCAGUAGAGCCAUGUAUCACGGAUUCUCCACCGACUACGACGCCGCUUCCUCACGGUGCAGCAGCGCCUCUCCCGCCGGGGACAGCAUGACUUAUUACCCGUCUCCCUCAGCCUCGUUCUCCAGCAUGGGCUCUCCGCUCACACCGCCGGAAUUUGGCACAGACUCCAGUGGCAGCUUUGUCCCCACCGUUACAGCCAUCUCUACAACUCCAGACCUGCAGUGGCUGGUGCAGCCUACCCUGAUCUCCUCUGUAGCACCAUCUCAAACUAGAGCACACCCCUAUGGGACAAUCACAUCCUACAGCCGGACUGGUCAGAUGAAAGGGUCAUCCGGAAGGGGCCAGAGCCUGGGCAGGAGGGGAAAAAUAGAACAGCUUUCCCCUGAGGAGGAGGAAAAGAGGAGAGUUAGACGGGAAAGGAAUAAAAUGGCAGCAGCUAAAUGCCGUAACCGCCGCCGGGAGCUGACAGACACCCUCCAAGCUGAAACAGAUGAUUUGGAGGAUGAGAAAUCGGGCUUGCAGGCAGAGAUAGCAGCCCUCUUGAAGGAAAAGGAGAAGUUGGAGUUCAUACUUGCCGCUCAUAAACCAGCCUGCAAAAUUCCACAUGACUUGGAGGGGGCUUUUCAGGACUUGACAUCUACCCUUGACUUGAGCCUGAUCUCUGAGGUCCCAUGUGUUCCUAGCACUCCAGAACCUAAUGUGCAACCACUCUUUACAGUAAGCAUUCCACAGUCUUCCAUCCCUGAGGAAAAGGAAGCCUCCCAUCUGCAGAUUCCCAUGGAACUCAAGUCUGAACCCUUGGAUGAGUUCCUCUUCAGCCCCACUCCUACUGGAGCUUCUGAUGCUGCCCGCUCAGUCCCAGAUGUGGAUUUGUCCACCGCCCUCUACAGCUCUGACUGGGAGCCUCUAUACAACACACUGUCAGCGGACAUGGAGCCUCUCUGCACGCCAGUGGUCACCUGCACACCAGCUUGCACCACCUACACCACCUCUUUUGUCUUCACCUACCCAGAGUCUGAACCCUUCCCCAACUGCGGAGCUGCACAUCGGCGAGGGAGCAGCAGCAACGAGCAGUCGUCGGACUCUCUCAACUCUCCCACCCUAUUGGCCUUGUAAUGCCUGAGAACUAAGACAUAAACUUGCUGGAGAGCGAUCUGGAACUGUUCCAAAAUAAAAAUGGUCAAAGCUUGGCGCCUCUUUCUCCAUAAAUUUCACAGGCAAUAAGUGAUGUGGGUUCACCCCCUCGUAUUGUCGGAUGACCUCCCUUGCUGCUAUACUGUGCAUGUCCAGUCCCUUCAUCUCUGGCCAAAGUCGUGAGCAGCUUGUAGCUGAAAAGAUGACCCCCUUCCCAGUGCCCAAGAGUUGCCACAUUUGUUCCUCUGGCUUUGACUGGUGGCUGCCCUACUCUCCUGCUGUGCCCAUGCAGCGGGAGACACCUUCCAUCUGCCACUGAAGCCCGAUACUUCUUCCUGACAUGGAGCACUGGCAUGGACUUCUUGUGACUUCUCCUGUUGUAUAUGUAGCAUGAUGUAUCUUCACUCCUGUCCUUCACUGCUGUGACAGUGAUGUUAACACGUUGGGUAAAUGUUCCAUCUUCUGAAGCUGUGUUGUGUGUGUGUGUGUAUGGAGCCUGUACCCCGGCUUGUUAUGGUGCUGGCUGGCUGCGGAUUGCUCGGCGGAUCUAGCGCUUGGCAGUUCCGUACCAGCUACAAUAUAUUUUGUAAAGUCUAAUAGAGUAUAUAUAAAUAUAUAUUGAAGCCGGACACGUGGUAAACGUGCUGUAUCUUCCGUUGAUUGUAAUUCCGUCUCGCUGUCUCUCCGAGUUUUCCAUGAAAACGUUUUUUUAUUUCCUGUAGGCGGUAUUUUGGUUAAUUUAUGUUGAAUUUUGAGAAUAUUUAUAUUUUUUAUUUGUAUUUCUGUUUUGUACUUCUGACUCCUGCGGACAGAGGAUACAGAACCUCAAGCAUUUGUUUUGCUUGUCCCAAGACCUUGAGAAUAAAUAAUGUAUUUUCCUUUAAUGCA